UUAGCGGAAAACCCCGCCACAAAUAUAGGAAGGAUGGGGAGAGCACUUGUGGCUUCACAUGACCCAGAAGAGAUCGUCUCUCUUAUCAAAUUUUUCCAGGGUGUUUCACCUCCUGUUCGGUUGACAUCACUGUGCUCACAUUGGCAACUGACUAGAAACUUGCGGGAGUUUCAUCGGGGCCUCCCACAGCAGUGGCAAGAUCGCAUGUUUGUCCAUCUGGCAAAAGCCCUAGAGUUACGCUCCCUCAAGUUGUUUGCUCCAUCACUGUUGCUCUUCCAUGCGGUGGAGGCAGAAUUGCGUCUACCACGGGCCUGGCAGCACUGUUGGUGGCCGAGAUGCGCUAUACAGAGGCCCUGCAGGCAGCAGAGUCACUGCCAUUACCAGCCGGUGCCCAUAAGCCUACAGAUAUUAUUGAACUGGCUCGUACCUCCUUACUUGCAUAUUAUGCUGAGGCUGACAAAGAUCAUCGACCAUGUCAAGAGAUGGCUGAACUGUGCUGCACAUUGCUUAUAAACUUGGCUGAGUGGGAUGUCUUCUUGGAGAUUGAGAAACAACACGAGGAUCGAUAGGUGUAUUUGAGGUG